GCUCCCCCAUCCCCUCCGUAGCCUCCGGGGCUGCUCACAGGGACUCCGGGUCCUACUCCCUUACCCCAUAACUUCCCCUCCAACCCCCCCUGACCCCUCUCCCCUGCCCGGCCCGGCCGCGGAGCCUCCCGCGAUGCCGCCUCCCCCGCGGCUGCUGCCGCUGCUGGUGCUGAUGCUGGGCUUGGGGCUGGGGGGGCGAGCGGUCGGCGGGGAUGGUUGCCAACUGCCAGCCGAGUGGCGACCGCUCAGCGAGGGCUGCCGAGCCGAGCUGGCGGCGAUUAUCGUCUACGCGAAGGUGCUGGCGCUGCACCCCGACCCUUACGGCGCCUACAACUACCUGCCCUGGCAGAGGGGUCCCCCCGACGGCCCCCAGCCAGGAGCUGGGGGGGGGCUUUUUUAUUCGGCCGAGAUCGAGCUGCUCUGCGACCAAGCGUGGGGCAGCAUGUUGGAGGUGCCCGCCGGCUCCCGCCUCAACCUCACCGGCCUCGGCUACUUCUCCUGCCACUCGCACACCGUCAUGCAGGGCUACGCUUAUUUCUUCUUCCUCCGAAUGGAUGAGAACUACAUCCUCCUGCCACACGGAGUCAACUUCCAGGAGGCGAUUUUCCCAGACACCCAGGAGAACAGAAGGAUGUUUGCCAGCCUUUUCCAGUUUUCCAACUGCUCACAGGCACAGCAUGCACUGAGCUUCUCCAGUGACUGGGAGAUUCAAGAGGACAAUCGGCUGAUGUGCUCCUCAGUCCAGAAAGCCCUGUUUGAGGAGGAGGACAGAGUGAAGAAGCUGCAGCAGAAGGUGGCAGCGCUGGAGAAACGCAACAAGCAGCUGCGAGAUCGGGUGAAGAAAGUCAAGAGGUCCCUCAGACAAGCCAGGAAAAACACCAGGCACAUGGAGCAGAUGAACAGAAAGCUCAGUGAGAAACUUGCCUCUGCAGGUGGUCAAAUGCCCUACAUCAACUCGCUGAAGCAGGAGAACUCCCAUGCUACCUACCUUAAAGUAUAAUGCGAGGGUUAAGUGCUCAGACCCAAUGAUAACCCAGGAGAUUUUUGCCUGCAUUAGAUCAGGAUCUGGCCCUCACACCUUGUCUACACUGUGCUUCAAACUUUGCAUGGAAAGUGGAUCUGAGCUUGCUUUAGACACAGGGUGAGACUGAACAGGAAUGCAGACCAUGAUUAGCUGGGUGUGGAAGCACAGGAAAAGGCUGUGUCCUCCCUGCUCCUGAUGGUCAGAGGGCCAGAGUGUAACCUGUGCUUCCCCCCUCUACCUCCAUCACCAGUUUCAGGCUCUCAUUGAUCCAAGUGCCAGUUCCACCCCAUGGGCCAUUGCAGGCACUUGACACAGGAACUCUUCUUGACAACUGACCCCUCCACAUGGGCUGGGCAAGCAAGGUCAGGGGGGACGUGGAGAUGGAUGCUGUGGGAAGGAGUCAGGCAUGAAUGGUCAGUGCUCCAUCAUCACCCUCAUCCUUCCUUCAGCCUGACUAAAAUCUACACCCAGUGUCUGAGCAAAGGACACACAGUCAGUUUGGGUCCCUCAUUCAAAAUGAAGCAUAGAUGUGCCCAGAUUGCCUUAACUCUUUUUAAAUAUUCUCAAUAAAAUAUGGAAUAUUUUUUAUCUUACCAGGAAAUGCCUCCAGGGUCACAGUAACUUCCUCAGGUGCCUUCAUCAUUGCCCAGCCAACAAGGUUGGAAGCCACAUCAUUUUAGGACUUGUGUCUGGGCCCUAAUCCAGCUCCUGCAGUCUGACUGUUGCUGCCUGGCAGACAAUUUCAGGUCCCAUUUUCAAGCAGGUUUAAUUUACAAUGUGGACAAGGCUUUAAGUUUUGUAAUCAGUGAGGGACAAUGGAGGUUGCUGGGCAGCC